CGAGUCCCUAAAGCAUUAUCCGUGUUGUAUUUUAUAUAGGACGGGGAUAUUGAGUUUUUAAAUGGAUUACAUUUUAUUUUAAAUUAGUUGCAAAGAAAACCACAUAAUUUGUGUAGUUUAUAUAUCACCAAAUUACAGUUCAACUACAACAGGCAAAUUUCGAAACACUUACUACAUUUCCCAUGAAACCAUUUGGCGUGACGGAAGUGACGUAUGUUAUGCGGCUUCUGCUCCUGGAUUUAAACUGAAACAGCCACAUUAAAGAUUAAACGUGUGUGAAAGAUAUCAUAUAAUAAUAAUUUUUAUUAAUCGUUUGUACCAGUGACUAAAUACGCGUUCGUGACGUUUGUCUGAAUAACCGAUCGAAUGCAGAUUUCAUGUUUGCGCUAAAGAAACGAUUAUUUUUAAAGGGUUCAUUUAUUCAGUUUGUAAAAGACUCGUGCAGAAUCAGGUGACGUGAUCGCGUUACAUGCUGUUGUAAGCUCACCUGUCAUUUACACCGUGUGCUUGAGAAUGAACUGGGAUCAUCAGUUGAGCUCCAUCCUGUCUGAAGCUGAUGGAAGUGUCGCAAAAAUGCGGGUGAGAGAAAACGACCGUCUGACUACACGUGCAAGAACUCCGAGAGGAACAGAUGAUGUGUAUCCGGUGAGAGAUAGUGAUUUGAAACGCUCUUCCUCUCUCAGUCCUUGUGUUCAUUGGUCCGAUCUGACAGCAAUCCAGACCCAAUUACAACAGCAGAACCAGGCUAUUGAGACUUUAACACAGAAUGUUCGGUUACUGGAGAGAGAACGAAACGCUCAACAAAGACUGAUACAAACUUUACAAGAGGAGCAGAGGAAACUUCAGAUUCGACUAGAAGAGAGAGAGACAGAUCGCCGGCCGCUGAGCCCAGGAUCAGACAGACGACUGGAGCAGUGGAAGAGAGACAUGGAUCGAGACUUGAGCAGUCUGAGAGAUCACAUCAACCGAACCAUCAGUCUGGGAACCCAUGAGGAAAGCUCUAAACGCCACAGAGAAGAACUGGAGCAGCUCAGAAGAGAGAUAGACGUCCUCAAAAACAAACUGAUGCGACAGGAGGAGGAUGUGUAUCAGAUCCAGACUGAGGCCAGAGAAACAAGAAGACAAAAUGAGCACAACUCCAAGACGUUGGAGAGACUUACAGAAUCUCAACGCACACAGAGUUUUGAAGUCACUCGGAUGGUUUCGCAGUUCAAAGACGUGUGUGAGCUCAGAGUUACUGUAUCUGAACUAAAGGAUGAGGUGAGAGGUUUGAUCCUGAGAGACGUCCAAACCAAACCUGUACAGCUGCCAACCAAACCAGCAGUUACCAUUGAGUCGAAUCUCUCGAGACGCUUGUCAUCAGGUUCAGAGGAUGAGUUCAGUCUUACCCCGAGUCUGGGAGAGAUCAGCUCGGAUGAACCAGAUGAAUCCUGGUUGGGAGAACCAGAACUACAAACGAAAAGUCAACGUCGUCGAGCUCACCUUAAAUUGGGUCUUUCAGGAAGUGACCUCAGUGGUGCUGGAAGUGGGCUUGACAGCGAUCUGGAGAACGAAGCUGGAGGGGUGGAUAGAGUUUCAAACAGUCCACCAGAUCUCAGUCUCAGUGAUCUCUGACCUCAAAAGCCAAUAAACCAAUCAGCUGCUACUGUGGACUUGAAACCUUGUUCUUACGUUUAAACUGGACAGUUUUAAUACUUCUGUAAUGAAGGCCUGGAGUAUUAUUGGUGCUUACUUCACUAUUCAGAGUCCCAAAUCCAUUGAGCUUACUAUUCUGUAAAACUGACACACAUUAAGCACAAUAAGAAAGUCUGAAUUACUUUAUAAAGUACUAACCACACAGUUGACAGUACCCAAUACUUAAUGACUUAACUAGUAGGAAAAAUUAAUACCAUGGAAGUUAUGGGUACCGUCAGCUGUGUGCUUUACAUAAUUUAUCAAAAUAUCUUGUUAUGCGUUUAACAGAUUAAGAAACUCAUACAGGUUUAAAACAACAAGAAGGAGAGUAAAUGAUCAUUUUUGGGUGAACUGACCUUUUAAGGGUGAAGGCAUUGAUGAUUUGUUAUAUAUGAUGUGUUGCAAUGCUAGUGCUCUAUAAAUUGAGUUACAGGAACAGGAUGACAAGAGCUUAAUUAGUUAUGUUUUUCUUUAACUUGAAACAGCAUAUGCAUACUAAGGCCCCAUAACGAUUAAUCGCAACUAAUCGUUUGUAGAAUACAUUUUUUUGUUUACAUAUAUGUGUGUGUAUUGUGUAUAAUAAUUUUGUAUAUAUAAAUACACACAUACAUUUAUAAUUUGAAGAAAAAAAUGUAUAUAUUAAGUAUUUAUAUAGGUUAUAUAAAUAUAAACAUGUAUAUACACAUGUAAAUAUUUCUUAAAUAUAUACAUGCAUGUGUGUGUAUUUUUAUAUACAUUACUAUUUAAUAACUUAUUUUAUAACUAUUUUACACAAAGCACACACAUAUAUGAUGUAAACAAAAACUUUAAUUCUGCAAACGAUUAGUUGCGAUUAAUCGUUAUGCGGCCCUAAUGCAUACUUUUUGCAACCUGCUCCCCACCAGAAACUACUCAAACUUUUUUUACUUUCUUCUUAAACUUACUUUUACAUUUUUUUUACUUUGAGGUGGAGGCUGAAGGUGAACUUUACCACCGCUUUUUUAAAUCCGUUGAAAUUUGAUGUUGUCCAUGUAACUUUUAAGUAUUUUGCUACUGUUAUUAAGGUAUUGGUAAGAUGCUAAUACAGCAAUGACUUGAAUAUUUCAGUGUUUACACAAAAAAUACCAAUUAGUAAGGUAUUUUAAAACUUUAUUAUUAAAAAAAGUGUAAGAAAACUUUAAA